CUCGCGGGGCUGCUGCUCGGCCGCGCGCACGCACGCGGGUCUGCAGAAUACAUGCAGCUCUUCCUCGAGGGGGUCGCGGUGACUGUGAGAGCCCCCACCCGCUUGUUUCUCUCUCUCUUCCCCCCGGCUCCGCCUGCGCCCGCCCCGGCAAGGAUUGUUGACAAAAGACGCUGCGAGACGGAGCGAAGGAACCCGGAGCCCGGGACUGGUGAGCAGAUUCGCCCGUUAACUUAACUUCUUUCCCUAAACAGUUGGAAGAAGACGAUUGGGACGGGGAUAGGGGGCACGAGGACUCUUCCGUUCCUAGAAACCCGUGUGGCCGAGGUGAUUCGGUUGUUGGAGGUGGUCGGACCGCAGCAGGCCGGUGUGAAGUCGACGCCCCCCCCCCUUAUACUACCCUCUCCUUGCGAUUGGUAUUUACCGACAAAGCCAGCGGCCAAGAUGGAUCAUUCGCUGUGAGUGAAAGGGCCAGACCAACGUUACAGGAGGCGGCGGCGGCCUUGGACAGGUCUAUUUAACCGGGAAUGGUGUAAGCUGAGACGGCCAGGCAGUCUGGAUCUGACCGGGGACCCGUCAUUCCCCCGGAGCCUCCGCAGCUCCAAGCUGCGUCCUGAGCCCUCCAAGAUGGGGAAGUGCGACGGAAGGUGCACGCUGCUGGUGAUAUGUUCACUGCAGUUGGUGGCAGCCCUUCAGAGGCAGGUGUUUGAUUUUCUGGGCUACCAAUGGGCUCCCAUCCUGGCCAACUUCCUGCACAUUAUGGCCGUCAUCCUGGGCAUGUUUGGCACCGUGCAGUUUCGCUUCAGAUACCUUAUCUUUUAUGCAGUAUGGCUGGUUCUUUGGGUGGGUUGGAACUCGUUCAUUAUCUGUUUCUACCUGGAGGUUGGAAACCUGUCUCAGGACAAGGACUUUCUCAUGACGUUCAACACAUCCCUUCAUCGUUCGUGGUGGAUGGAGCAUGGUCCUGGUUGCCUGGUAACGCCAGUGAUAGACUCUCGCAUGGCCCCUGACGACCACCAUGUCAUCACUGUCUCCGGGUGUCUCCUUGACUACCAGUACAUAGAGGUGUUGAGUUCGGCCAUUCAGAUCCUCUUGGCUCUCUUUGGCUUUGUAUACGCCUGCUAUGUGAGCAAAGUCUUCCAGGAUGACGAGGACAGCUUUGAUUUCAUCGGUGGCUUUGACUCAUAUGGCUACCAACCUCCUCAGAAGUCCUCGCAUCUGCAACUGCAGCCUCUUUACACGGCUGGUUAACCGUUGGUAGCGCCCCCUUCAGGCCAAACCCUGACGGUGUCACUGUGGAUGGAAAGCGGCGUUUGCCUCAACUACACCCACUCUGUGUCACAGUUUACCGGAGGAAUGGACUUACCCCACCCAGAGGGAGAGACGUGUGUGCAUGUGUGCUUGAGUCUGAGAAAGAGAAACACAAUCCUGAAUAGAAUGUACAGAGCUCAGGGAAGAACCAGCAUGCCAGGUGGUGUGAUAAGAAGAAGGAGGGGACAGGGAGGAGAGGAGAUACAGAGAACAAGAGCUGGGGACACCUCUGUCAAAUCACAGAAGACACACUUCACUAAACUGCCAGCUCUCAACACUCCUGUGUGUCUGUGUGUAUGUGUGUAUGUUUUUUUUUAAUUUGUUUUUUUUUUUAAAGAAUGUUUUGGGCAUUUUUGGCCUUUAUUUUUGACAGGACAGAUGAAGUAAUGAAAGGGGAGAGAGGGGGAAAUGACAUGCAAAAAAAAAGGCAAAACUUCACAGGACUAGCUGGUGCUUUGUGGUUGCACCAUGGACUCUACCACUUGGUGUCCCUGUGAAUUAUUAUUUUUUGGGUGCUUGUGUGUGUGUGUGUGUGUGUGGGGGGGGGGGGGGGUACAUUAAAAAAAAGGAGGCACGGCUCGUACCUGUUGUCAUUUUAGAAUGUGGUAAUGUUGAACUAGAGCAGUCUUAAGAUUCCCAUAACGAUUCCCAAAGCCAUCUUCCCUUCAAUGCCAUUAAAACCACUGUUGACAUUCAAGCUUUAUACAUUACCAACCCAACUUGCUGAGGUAGUAAAACAGAGCUGGUGGAAGAUAAACUGCUUAAAGGAUUAGAAUGGCAAUAUUUUAUACAUUACAUUAUUUAACAAAACCAACAAGUUAAUCCGUCUCUCAAAACAGCUUGUGUCUCUCAGGCCAUUAGUUCCUGGAAGUGUAAAUUGUUUAAAAAAAAAGAGUAAUGGAAAUAUACUUUAAUUUUAAAAUAAGUAAAAGUUUUUGACAACAAUGGAUUUCACAGGGGAAUGAGGUUCAGUAUAUCAGGCUUUGGCUACACAGACAGUAAUUGUUAGUAGAAUCAAUUUCUUGUUGGUGUUUGUCUUUUCAUGUGAUUUGUUGACAAUAAAAAAAUAUAGAAUAUCACCAGACAAAAACUUUAAAGUUCUGAGUUGCCUCAAAAAUCAAGUCAAAUUUCCAAUGUCACAAUGUUUUGUUUUCUGGAAAAUGAAUUCAGACCAUAGGGAUGCAGAUGGAUUUAGAAUCAGGCAUUAGUGUCUAUGGGGGAGGGCGCGGGGUACUGUGCAUGUAAAUAACCAGCGAAUGAUUGGUGGUUCCAUUUAGAAAAGAGGGUUUUAUUAGGGGGUGGGUAGGGCUUGCGGAAGAUGGGUUCACAUCUAAGUUUUUCUUCAUACCUGUUUUAUCUUGCUCACUCUUUUGGGAUAUCCUCAUGUUGCUCUCUUCUGACCCAUCUGCAGCUAAUUCGCUCCAUCAUCUUUCUCUAUAACUACAUUCACCUCUGCAGCUCAUUCGCUGAUUUCCACCGGAACAUGGUGAUAUAGGAGACCUAAGAGAAACGUACUGUCACGAUGUAAAUGGAGUCAUGGAGAGGGAAGAAGGGAAAUUGAUAUGAGGUGAAGACCUUAUUGGGUGUAAGGAGAAGUUUGAAAAAAAAUAAAAAUACACUUUCUACAUUAAA